GGGCGGCCGCGGGGAGCGGGCAGGGCAGAGAGCGGGCGGCACCUUGCAGCGGGCGGAAGUAACGGCCUCUACGUCUGAAGAUGUCCAACAAUGGAGUUGAAACAGAAGACAAACCACCUGCUCCUCCGAUGAGAAAUACCAGCACUAUGAUUGGGUCGGGAAGCAAAGACGCUGGGACUUUAAACCAUGGCUCAAAACCUUUGCCUCCCCACCCAGAAGAAAAGAAGAAGAGGGACCACCGAUUCUACCGAUCUAUUUUACAAGGAGAUAAAACCAAUAAAAAGAAAGAGAAGGAGCGGCCGGAGAUCUCCCUCCCUUCUGACUUUGAACACACGAUUCAUGUGGGGUUUGAUGCAGUCACUGGAGAAUUCACAGGCAUGCCGGAGCAAUGGGCACGCUUACUGCAGACUUCCAACAUCACCAAGUUAGAGCAGAAGAAGAACCCCCAGGCAGUGCUGGAUGUACUGGAAUUUUACAACUCCAAGAAGACCUCCAGCAGUCAGAAGUACAUGAGUUUCACAGAUAAGUUGGCAGAGGAAUACAAUUCAUCAAAUACUCUGAAUGUGAAAGCUGUGUCUGAGACCCCUGCAGUGCCCUCGGUGUCUGAAGACGAAGAUGAUGAAGAUGAUGCAGCUCCUCCCCCUGUGAUAGCUCCACGACCUGAACACACCAAAUCUAUAUACACCCGCUCUGUGAUAGACCCCCUUCCUCCUCCUACCAGAGAUGUGGCCACCUCUCCUAUUUCUUCUCCCUCGGAAAACAGCACAGUGACACCCGACAUGCUGAUCAGGAAUGCAGAGAAACAAAAGAAAAAGCCAAAAAUGUCAGAUGAGGAGAUUUUGGAAAAAUUAAGAAGCAUUGUGAGUGUGGGUGAUCCAAAAAAGAAGUACACGCGUUUUGAGAAGAUUGGACAAGGAGCCUCAGGUACAGUUUACACAGCAAUGGAUGUAGCUACAGGACAGGAGGUUGCAAUCAAGCAGAUGAAUUUGCAGCAGCAGCCCAAAAAGGAAUUGAUUAUCAAUGAAAUCCUCGUAAUGAGGGAAAACAAAAACCCCAACAUUGUCAACUACUUGGACAGUUACCUUGUAGGAGAAGAGCUCUGGGUAGUCAUGGAGUACUUGGCAGGAGGCUCCCUAACAGAUGUUGUUACAGAGACCUGCAUGGACGAAGGACAGAUUGCAGCUGUGUGCCGAGAGUGUCUUCAGGCUUUGGAAUUCCUCCACUCAAACCAAGUUAUUCACAGAGACAUAAAGAGUGACAACAUCCUACUGGGAAUGGAUGGCUCUGUUAAAUUAACUGACUUUGGCUUCUGUGCCCAGAUCACUCCUGAGCAGAGCAAACGCAGCACCAUGGUGGGGACCCCAUACUGGAUGGCACCUGAAGUGGUGACACGGAAGGCAUACGGGUCCAAAGUGGACAUCUGGUCACUGGGGAUAAUGGCCAUCGAGAUGAUUGAAGGAGAACCCCCCUACCUCAACGAGAAUCCCCUGAGAGCCUUGUAUCUCAUUGCUACCAAUGGGACUCCAGAACUGCAGAAUCCAGAAAAGCUUUCACCCAUAUUCAGAGACUUCCUAAACCGUUGUCUUGAAAUGGAUGUGGAAAAGAGAGGUUCUGCAAAGGAGCUGCUACAGCACCAGUUCCUGAAGAUCGCAAAGCCUCUUUCUAGCCUCACUCCUCUAAUUAUUGCUGCUAAAGAGGCAGCAAAGAACAACCAUUAAAGUGAUGGAGUUAACAUAGUCAGCCAUCGUGUCAAACCCUUUUAGAUGUCCAUUUGAGAGACUGAGUUCCCUGCUCCUCUCCUUCCCUCCUGCCCUGCCUUCACAAGGAUGUUCUUAAAAUGUUGGUCUGUGCUGAAGGGUAGCAGAGGAACCGUUUGCUGAAUGUGGAACGUUGCUGAUCGUACAGAGCAAACUGCCUUUCCAUCUGCCUGCAUGGGGGCAGGAGGGGAAGGAUAUAUUUUACGGCCAGGAAGAUCUGGGAACAUCCAAGCCUGUAACAAAGCCAGUUUGUUUUCAUAUUACUGUGUUUAUUUUUUAAAAAUUAUGUGGAACCUUAGACUGUGUUUAUCUUAAUAAAUGAAAUCUUUUGCUGGCUGGACUCUUCCUGCUUCUGCCAAGCUGCUCUUACACCACUGAAUCUGCUCUGUGCUUUGGAUGAGUCGAGGAAGGAACGAAGCAGCAGCAGCAAUUUGAACAGCUCUAACAACUGAGAAGGGAGUGAGGGCAGGAAGAUGCAGCCCUCCUGCAGCACUGCUGGAUGCUUCGAGGGAGAGAGGAGAAAGCCUCUGUGUGCUUCCUGCUGCUGCUGGACAGCUUAAUUCACGGGUGAUCUUUUGGCCAAAUGGUGUGAAUCAAAGCCUCUCCCCACACGCUUUUGUUUCAGCUCAACUGGUUAAACAGAUUUCAAAUAUUUGUGAUAUUCUAGAAAAAUCAGAAGAUAAAAUGAAUAAAGAUUCCUUUUGGGGGUUAUUGUAUCAGCGCUCUGAGGCUUCAUAGAGACCUGCCUUGUAUGACAAAGCAAACAGAGCAAUUACUAUUAUAAAGAUAAGAUUUGCCUGCAAGAUGUUGUUGACAACGAGUUUUUCUUAGACCAAGUCCAACAGAAAACAAACUGGUCGUGGACGCUGUUUUCCUGAAAGCAUAGGGAAAGCAUUAAUUUUCUUGGAAUGAGAGAGUAACCUGGUAUCUGUAUGCUACUGACUCCUUUGGUUGCUAAUGAUCUGUAAAAGAACAACAGGAAACCCGGAACUACUAGAGAGAUUGGUUGUAAACACUGGGCUUAUGUUCAACUGUAUACUGAUUUUUAAUAAAAUGACUGUUGAAUUUCUUAA